AUGGAUAUGGAACUGUCAGAUGUUCCCCAAAAGUCUACUGAGACACGUCCCAAGAAGACCAUUACUUUUAAAAAGAAGCAAGUUAAGAAUGGAAAGUCAAAUCAUAGGGUGAAAUUAGACUUCUAUGAUGAUCAAAAUGAAGAGGCCGUUCUCAAAAAGAAAAGCUCCAAAACUCAACGUGCCUUCAUUCGGCAGAAACUGAAGCAUUCUAACAUGAUUGCUCUGAAAAUUCAGUUUUCUUCAACCCGGGAACCGCAUAAAGAUGGAGAUCCAAUGCUUGAGAUUUAUAAUGAUGACCCAGAGAAUAAUCCGGUGAUAGAGAAUUUAGAUGUAAUUUCUGCAGAAGAACCUGAAAAGCUAGCACAUUUGAAUGAUCUGACAUAUUCACGUUAUGAAGGCUUCGAAAAAAGAUAUGUGCCAACUGAAAGUAAGGAACCGAAGAUUACAAAGAAGCAACUAAGAAACGAGUAUGGAAAUGAUAUAGAAAAUGACAAUACCAGUGAAGAUUUGCUUGAAGAUCAAGAAAACUUUUCUGUCGCUGAUGAGGCUGAUAAGAUGACAAAUAAUGAACCGUUGAUUUUAGAAAAAGAAUCGAAACUGGCGCAAAUAGAUGAAGAUAUUUAUGACAUGGAAUUGGGAACGGACGAUAAUGAAAACGAUUUUAAUGAUGCUAUCGAUGUAAUGAAUAUAGAAGAUUGGGAGGACCAUAUGGUGUUAAAAGAUGAACUUGUUGCAAUACGUCCUAUUGGUACUCUUGAAGAUCACGUAUCUAACCUAAGGCUCUCUAUCGAAAAUCUUCGUGAGAACCUCGAAGAAAACUCCAGAAAGCGAAGUAUAUUUCAAAACCGUCUCUAUGAAGUUCACGAGAGAAAAACCAAAUUAUUUGAAGAGCUUUGUCUUCAAGAAACAGCAUGA